UAUAUUCCUUCUUUUUUGUUUAUUUACUAUUCUGUCUCCCACAAUAUUAUUGUGUUAUGCGCCAACGUAUGCCACACUUUGUAUAGUGUACAGAAGAAAGUGCGUGCGACUAGGGACGGAGGGAAGUACCACGACAACUGGCAGUCGGGCUUCGCGCCCAAUAGCCGUUCCAUUAUCUCGCUUACGGCUCAGAGCCCUGCCAUUCCUUCCCUCCACGUCUCAAGCGAGGCAGCGACUUGCCCAUCCCAACCCAAGAUUCAAAUCUUUCAAUCUCUUAUCGUACUCUCCACCGUAUCGCAACUAUGGCAACAAUGUCUAACAAUGAUCGCGAUAUGGCACAGCCCAUAUGCCAGAACUGCACGACAUCAACAACUCCUCUAUGGAGGAGAGAUGAAAUCGGCUCCGUACUCUGCAACGCCUGUGGCCUUUUCCUCAAGCUCCACGGUCGCCCUCGUCCGAUAAGCCUCAAAACAGAUGUUAUCAAAAGCCGAAACCGCGUCAAGACCUCCGGUGCCGCGCAAGGUCAAAAGAAGAAGAGCCUCUUUGACGCAUCGAACGGACUUGGCGACGCGCGAUCGCAAGCCAACACUCCUCCCCCGACUGGACUCGGCGGCCAUCGUCGCACAUCUCAUAAAUCGCAAAAUGGCCAUUCUGAAGGGUCGCACUCGCCAAUAUCGCGAACCGGGACUCCAUCGAUGUAUGGUAAUCGCAUGGCGCCAUUCAAUGGGUCCGAACUUACCGAUCAUCAACUUCAUUCGCCUUCGUUACCACAAAUGCACUUGCGCGCCUCAUCGCCUGGUCGAUCCGAGUCAUCCGUCAACGGCGACCGCCACCUGGACGUACCGCAGACAUACGAACAGCUUCUCGCCGCGAAUGCCUCUCUCAAAACUCGCGUCAGCGAGCUCGACUUGAUCAACGAGCUCUUCCGGGGGCGCGUCACACAGCUAGAACAAGACGAAGCCAAUGCGCGACGAGGCGAGGAGAUGAAGCGGGACUCUGAGCGCACUCUGCGCCAGCACCUUGAAGAAUCGCAGAGACGCGAGAACCAGCUCAAGCGACGCCUUGAUGACCUCGAGCGCGAAGUGGCCGAGAUGAACGAAGGCAAUGAGUCGCGCCACAAGAAGAUACGCCUGGAUGUUGCGGUGGAGGACAGCGAGGUCUCUACGCCCACGUCCGCCACAUGAAAACACCCCCAACAUUCCUAUUGCUUUGUCGAUGAUACCACGUAACGGCCUUUAACACACACACACACCACUUUGACGCUCGAUGGCCUCUUUUUAUCGCCUCUUUUUUUAUUAACUUUCUUGUACCACCACCAAACUCUUAGCCUCCUGUUCUUUGCAACGGGGAUCAGCGCUGGCUUUUUAUAACGGAUGGGACAGCAGGGUCCUCUUCCGGUUUUUUUAAUGCGUUACUCAACUUAAUAGAGUUUUACAACCUGUCAGCGCCUUACUUGGGCGGCGCUGGAUCAUGUCGGGGGAGGGAAUAGAUGUUUCUUUCGACAUGGCGGAAUGGAUGACGGGACGAAUGGGAUGGAGUGCGGAGUAUAUGGGCAACCGCCUUGCUAAUGUUUGUAAAACCAAACCCAAAAGUUAUAGCCCUUGAAAAGGAUAUUCACAUUACGAACU